AUGGUGAGCCUGCUGAGCGUGCUGGUGGGUGUAGCUGCUGUGUGCGUGCUGGCCUUCAUCAAAUGGCGCGUUGAUCGCAAGAGGCUGACAGCGCCUGGCCCUCCCGGCAUCCCCAUCUUCUACAAUCUCAUCGAAGCCGUCAGCAAAAACGAGAAAUUCUACGAUUGGAUUUAUGACAUGACCCUCAAGUACGGUAAAGUGUGUGUGUUCUCCAUUCCUCGCAAGCCGCUGGACUUUGUGCUUAUCGACCCGGCUGCGGUCAACCACAUCCUCAAGGUCAACUUCGACAACUACAUCAAGGGAAACGCUGUAUCCCUUCUGGGCGAUGGCAUCUUCAACACCAACGGCAGCUGCUGGAAGCAACAGAGGCAGACCGCGAGUCACCUCUUCAAGGUGCGUGAACUGCGCAGCAUGGUGCCCAUCUUCGUCCAGCACGGCCAAGAGGUGGUGGAGAUUCUGAAGGCGAACGAAGGUCAGGUAGUGGACGUGCAGGAGCUCUUCUGUCGUGCGACCCUCGACUCCAUCGGAGAGAUCGCCUUCGGCAAGGCUAUCGGGUCACUGAAGAAGGACGUCAGCUUCUCCAAGGCCUUCAACACCGCCACCCUUGCCUGCGACUACCGCUUCCGCUACCCCUGGUACAGGUGGACCCCGUGGUCGGAGAUGGAGUGGAAGCUGCGCGAGGUCAUCGACGAAAGGCGACAGAAGAGCCUUGACGAAGGGACCGACCUGCUCUCACGCUGCUUGAGCAUCGGCGACGACGACGGACUGCCCUUCAGCGACAAGUUCCUGCGGGACAUCAUCAUGAACUUCAUUAUUGCCGGACGCGAUACGACAGCGCAGACGCUGACGUGGCUGUUCUAUCUGCUCUCUCAGUACCCUGACGUGCGACAACAGGUGGCUGACGAGAUCAAGGACGAGCUGAAGGGCGGGCUGCCCACCUAUGACAACGUGCAACAGCUCAAGUGCCUCGAGCGCGUCAUCGACGAAACGCUGAGGCUCUAUCCUCCAGUGCCUGUGGACCGCAAGUCGGCAGUGAAGGACGACGUUUUGCCCGAUGGCACCUUCAUUCCAGCUGGGAGCGACAUAGCCUACAGUCCAUGGGUCUUGGGACGGCAUCCCAGACUAUUGGGCCGACCGCUGUCGUGCAAGCCCGAUCGCUGGCUGGGCAGCGAACACAACGGCGGCAAGCCGGUGCCCUCCGUAGGCACGCUCCCCUUCAUUCCUUUCAACUACGGUCCUCGCACCUGCCUCGGCGUCAAGAUGGCCUAUCUCGAGGUCAAGGUGCUGGCCUGUCUCCUCUUGCAACAGCUGUCGCUGGAGCUUGUGCCCGGCCACGACGUCUCCUAUCUGCCCGCCGUGACCAUCUCGGCCAGGCACGGCAUGAAGAUGAUUCCCGCCCUGUCCACCCAGUAG